CCCCGCAACGCUAAUGAUCGAAGCUGUAUCGCUGUAUCGCCCAGCAGCCAAUGCCUUGCCGCAGUCGCGGAGCAGUCGCCGAAGCGCCGAGCAGUCGCCAGCCGCAGUCCAGAUGUCGCGCCCGUCGCCCGAGGACCGCUGGUACUUUACGAAGGAGCAGCUCAACAACACUCCCAGCAUUCGGCUCGGCUACACGCCCGAUAACGAGCUCUCCUGCCGUCAGCAGGCCGCCAACUUCAUACAGGAUAUGGGACAUCGCUUGCAGGUGACUCAGCAGUGCACAAAUACAGCGAUUGUGUACAUGCACCGGUUCUAUAUGUUCCACUCGUUUACACACUUUCAUCACUCGUCUGUGUCAGCGGCUGCCAUACUUCUUGCAGCUAAGGUGGAAGAACAGCCGCGCAAACUGGGGGACGUGAUCAAGGUGGCGCACAUGUGCCUACACCGCGACCAGCACCAGCACCUCGACACCAAAUCGGAGCAAUACCAGGAGCUGGCUCAGGACCUGGUCGUCAACGAGGACCUGCUGCUGCAGACGCUCGGCUUCGACGUGGCCAUCGACCACCCGCGCACCCACGUUGUGCGGUGUUGUGAGCUCGUCAACGCCAGAGAGGACCUAGCACAGACGUCCUACUUCAUGGCAUCCAACAUUCUCCACCUCACCACCAUGUGUCUCCAGUACAAGCCCACGCUCGUCGCCUGUUUCUGCAUACAUCUCGCUAGCAGGUGGUCGAACUGUGAGAUCCCCGAGAGCAACGAGGGCCGUCCCUGGUUCUACUACGUGGACUCGUCGGUGACGCAAGAGGCGCUCGAGCGACUCACCAGUGAAUUCCUGAUCAUCUUCGACAAGUGUCACUCGAGGCUCAAGGACAAGGUACGAGCCAUGUGCAACCAGAACCACAACCCCAUUCCGCAGCACAGCUACGACUACCCAGCGGCCACCACCUCAGCAACAACUACCUCAUCAUCCAGACCUGGCAUGCCUGAGUCGGCCACGCACUACAAGCAGCCGGGCAGCCACCCCCACUCCUCCUCAUCCAACCACCAUCAUGGUCACCACAACCCCACCUCCUCCUCAUCCUCAUCCUCCUCCCACCAUCACCACCACUCCUCCUCCUACUCUUCGCACCACUCACAAUCUCAAGUCGUUUCCAACAGUGGCAAGUUAAAGCGAAAAAGAACUGAUAGCUCAAACAAUGACCUGGAUGACAGUGUAGUGCAAGCACCAAAGCGUCAGCAACAAUCAGUAGCUGAACCGAUUGUCAGGAUUGAGGAUAUUUUUCGACUUGACAGUGGACACGUCAAGGACGAAAAUAACAAUAUUUACAGCAAUAGUGCACAAGUGUUGAAUGUGUCUCACGACAAAGCAGUGGUGACAACGGCGCCCGUCACAGUGAUUCCGUCAACCACGGUCACCACCGCCAGUAGUUUGGACGCGGUCGACGUCGGAGCCACCAUAGAAAUAACCCAAGUCCUGCACAAAAAGCAUAAAGAAGGCCGCGAGCACAAAAAGAAGAAAAAACACAAGGAGCAUAAGAACCGUGACAAGUCGCACAAUCAUAAGAAGAAGCAUAAAAGCAAAGACAAGAACAGGGAUCGGGAGGCGGCUAGCUCUUCGAAUGCGAUAGCACCGGUGGCGGCGACGCCGGUGGAUGCAGGGGGUGGUGGAGACUUGGGUCUCAAGAUCAAGAUCCCCAAGGAGAAGGUGAAGCUGGUGCAGGCUCUGCCUGGAUUCAAGUUCCGCAUCAGCAAGGAGGUGUUGCAGGGUGCUCAUCCUCCCAGCAACAACAAAGAACACAAGGAGCAUAAGAACCGUGACAAGUCGCACAAUCAUAAGAAGAAGCAUAAAAGCAAAGACAAGAACAGUGAUCGGGAGGCGGCUAGCUCUUCGAAUGCGAUAGCACCGGUGGCGGCGACGCCGGUGGAUGCGGGGGGUGGUGGAGACUCGGGUCUCAAGAUCCCCAAGGAGAAGGUGAAGCUGGUGCAGGCUCUGCCUGGAUUCAAGUUCCGCAUCAGCAAGGAGGUGUUGCAGGGUGCUCAUAUCCUCCCAGCAACAACCGCAGUGCUGGCGUCGGCGAUCCAGCCCACUGACUAGAGCAGAUAUUUGGCAACAGGCUCAUCAUUCAGGACUUAGGCAUUUUCUUUUCGCGUGGGGUAUCAACAGUGAACAAAAUUGAAGACCUUGGAUGAUGAAGGGGUUAUGUAACAAAUGGCUUGUUUUGAGUUAUUAAGGCUCAAAGUUUUCUAUUUGCAACUUUAUCAUCGCUCAGUAUCAAAAUCAUAUAGCUGGAUUUUAUUGUUCCUAGACCAAAUACUUUUCACUUGCUCAACUUUA